AUGUUCACAGUUGUGGAAAGAUGUUGCCUCAUAGCACGAAUAAAAGGGCCUCUCUCCAUGAAAGUCAAAUACUGGACCUUUAAAGGAGAAAUGGCCUUCAAGAAGAUAUCUCUAUGGUGUAUCAAUGUCCUCUUACCAUUACUUGUCGCAGGUGAAGAGUUCAAUCCCAUUGGGCCCUGUGUGUUCCCUUUUACUUACAAUGGAAAAUCCUACUCAUCGUGCACAACGGUUGGGGAAUCCAGCGGAAAACCCUGGUGCUCCCUCACUAGCAACUACAACGCAGACCGCAAGUGGAAGUACUGUAACGCUUCCGAGUUCAAUCCCAUUGGGCCCUGUGUGUUCCCUUUUACUUACAAUGGAAAAUCCUACUCAUCGUGCACAACGGUUGGGGAAUCCAGUGGAAAACCCUGGUGCUCCCUCACUAGCAACUACAACACAGACCGCAAGUGGAAGUACUGUAACACUUCAGAUCUAAAUUAUAAAGGGCGCUGUGUGUUCCCUUUUAUUUACAAUGGGAAAUCAUACUCAUCAUGCACAACAGCUGGGGAUUCUGAUGGAAGGCUCUGGUGCUCCCUCACUAGCAACUAUGAUGCGGACCACAAAUGGAAGUACUGUAAUCCUUCAUGUUGGAAAAUGAAGAUGCGUGAUGAAGAUGCAAGGAAACAAUUGAGCAAUAUCUUUAAUUCUUCAAUUAUACCUGAUGACUGAGAUAUGUGAAAAUACCAGUGUUUCUCUACUCUUGCAGAAUAUGGAAUCACCUGAGGGAUGCAUGAUCAGUGUCUUUGCGGGCUCCUGAUUAGCCAGUUUGAUUUUCUAGUCCCUCUCCAGGAGCUGCCCCACCAAAAUAACUGGGAAAAAUAAAAUUUUAAUCUGCCUUUGAGCUGAAUGGGGAAGGAUUUGACCAUUCCAUUCUGCAGAUUCACUACCAAAAGUCUUCCAAAACUU